CUUGGGUACUGAUAACUUAUCGAUACCCAAGCUUAUCGGCGAUAAGCUUGAGCUAUCGAGUCGUACACUUCGGUAAGACUCCUUUCGACUCUGUUGCGCGGCUGUAUCUUCUGGCAGCGAGACUUCGGUUUCGUCCCAAGAAAAAAAAAGACAAGCGACGGACUAACGCUAGUCUGGAACGCCAUAACAACACGCAGAAUGGACGAACUGCAAAGUGUCGGGCUUGGCGUUGCGCUGGGACUCCUCGUUGUCUGCGUCCUGACACUGUAUCCAGGUGAACCGUUCGACUACAGCGCCGAUAGUAGCAGCGCUGGCAACCGUAACGUGCUCUCACGAACGAUCUCCUCAGUUGAUCCACCAAAUAUCAAGAAAUCUUCGAAGACGGAAGAAAGCGAACACCAUCAGCAACUUGUCGACAUCGAACGGGCUGUUCAGCGUGUGAAGAUCCAGAAAUUGCAGGAGCUGCUCGGUCUAGAACAGGAGAAGGUUCAACAGCUUGUAGAGCGCGCCAAAGUAGAAGCGAUAACUGCUGCACAAACUCCUGGAGGGUUACCUUCCAGUAGCUACCCCGGCAGCAAGAGCGCGUGGCUUGAUCGCGGUUUCUUCGCCAUCAUGUUGGGACUUCUUGUCUGGGUGCUGUGGCAAGACUACAGCAUCAAUGUGUUCUCCAUGGCGGCGUACCUGCUUCCUCGCGAGGCUGAAAUGAUCCGGCAGAUCGCUGCUGCUCCUCGAACUCUCGUAUCCCAGUUUCUUGGGCUAUGGUAAUUAAACACGCACAGUAGCACCACAAACGUCCCUAUACAGGCAAAUAUACGCAAGCACACAGCAUAUGCACUAG